ACCAACUUGAGACCCCACCAGAGCCGAAAUGCUGGUUCUCUCCGGAUCGUCGGCGCUUACCGUCGCCAAACGCGCCGUGCUGCUCAAGAGCAUCCAGGCGAUCUGCCCACAAGUCACCUCCGUUGAUGCGAUCUGGCUGCACCUUGUCAAUGGUACCUCGACAGAGAAGGAGGAAGAGCUGGCGGAUACGGAGAGCGCUUGGUGUCGUGCGCUGAACAGCUUGCUGUCGUACGGGGACGACGAUCAGCUGAAGGGUACGCUGGCGCGCUUCAGAAAGGGCGAGAACGUCGUGUACGUCGUCCCCCGCCCCGGUUCCAUCUCCCCCUGGUCUAGCAAAGCGACCGAUAUUGCGCGCAUCUGCGGUCUCGCCAAUCACAUCGACCGCCUCGAGCGCGGCAGCGCAUACGUCCUCGAGCUCGAAGGCGGCGCGGCGCUCACCCCCACCGCACUCGCCACCUUCACCGAUCUCAUCUACGACCGGAUGACGCAGAUAGCGGGCCUCGCACUCCCCGACGCGGAGCUCCUCUUCUCCCACCACGCGCCGCGGCCCCUGCGUACCGUCGCGUUGCGCGAUCAAGCCCCCGAGACCGCGCGCAAGACGCUCGAGGAAGCAAACCGCACGCUCGGCCUCGCGCUCGCGCCGGACGAGAUGGACUACCUCGUAUCUGCGUACACGGCACACGUCGGGCACGACCCCACCGACGCCGAGCUCUUCAUGUUCGCGCAGGUCAACUCGGAGCACUGUCGACACAAGAUCUUCAACGCGGCGUGGACAGUAGACGGGGUGCAGCAGGACGCGUCGCUCUUCCAAAUGAUUCGCAACACGGAGAAGGUGAUCGAGGGCCGGCGCACUAUCUCUGCGUACUCGGACAACGCGGCGGUGCUCGAGGGGCAGGCCGCGGUGCAUCAUUUCCGGGUGCAGUCGCACGACGCGGCGCGCGAGCCGGUGUGGACGGUUGACGCCGAGCCCGAGGACGCGCCGAUGCUCAUCAAGGUCGAGACGCACAACCACCCGACCGCAGUGUCGCCCUACCCCGGCGCAGCCACAGGCUCCGGCGGCGAGAUUCGCGAUGAGGGCGCCACCGGGCGCGGCUCCGAGCCCAAAGCGGGCCUCGCGGGCUUCACCGUCUCCAACCUGCGCAUCCCGGGCUUCACGCAGCCCUGGGAGGCGCACUCGAUCGGCAAGCCCGCCCACAUCGCGUCCGCGCUCGACAUCAUGCUCGAGGCGCCGCUCGGCGCGAGCGCGUUCAACAACGAGUUCGGGCGGCCCGCGCUCGCGGGGUACUUCCGCACAUUUGAGGUGGAGGCGGCGCCGGGCGAUGUGAGAGGGUACCACAAGCCGAUUAUGGUUGCCGGCGGGUACGGCACGGUGCGGCCCCAGCACUCCCUCAAGGGCAAGAUUCAGCCCGGCGCGCGCCUCGUCGUGCUCGGUGGGCCGGGAAUGCUCAUCGGCCUCGGCGGCGGCGCGGCGAGCAGCCAGGCGAGCGGUGCGGGGAGCGCCGAUCUCGACUUCGCCAGCGUGCAGCGCGAUAACGCGGAGAUGCAGCGCCGCUGCCAGCAGGUCAUUGCCGCGUGCGUCGCCGCUGGGCAGGAAAACCCCAUCGCGAGCAUACACGAUGUCGGCGCGGGCGGCUUGUCGAACGCGCUCCCGGAGCUCGUGCACGACGCGGGGCUGGGAGCCGUGUUCGAGAUCCGCGACGUACCGGUCGCAGAUUCGUCGUUGAGCCCGAUGGAGAUUUGGUGCAAUGAGAGUCAGGAGCGAUAUGUGUUGGCGCUGGAGACGGAUGGGGUGGAGGCAUUCGAGCGGGUCGCGCGCCGUGAGCGUUGCCCGUAUGCGCUGGUAGGGACUGCGACGGCGGAGGAGGAACUUGUCGUCACGGAUAGGCUGCUGAAGGAGGACGUCGUGCGCCUCCCCAUGUCUACCCUCUUCGGCAAGCCGCCCAAGAUGUCGCGCAGCGACUCCACCCUCGUCCCCGCCCUCUCGGCCUUCGACGCCUCGCUAUCCGCACACCUCCCCUCAGGCGCGUCUAUCUCUGACCGCAUCUCCCUUGCAGCCAACCGCGUCCUCCGCCUCCCGUCCGUUGCGUCCAAGAACUUCCUGAUCACAAUCGGCGACCGGUCCAUCACCGGCCUCGUCGCGCGCGACCAGAUGGUCGGCCCCUACCAGGUACCGGUCGCCGACGUCGCCGUAACCCGCGCGUCCUAUGACUUCUUCACGCACACCGGAGAGGCCAUGGCCAUGGGCGAGCGCACCCCGCUCGCGGUCGCGAACGCGCCCGCCUCAGCGCGCAUGGCCGUCGCGGAAGCGCUGGCGAACCUCGCGGCUGCGGCCGUCGACUUGCAGAACACGAAGCUAAGCGCGAACUGGAUGUGCGCGGCAGGGAAGGCGGGCGAGGGUGCGGCGCUGUACUCGGCGGUGAAGGCCGUUGGGUUGGAAUUAUGUCCCGCGCUCGGCGUCGGCAUUCCAGUGGGGAAAGACUCGAUGUCGAUGGCAAUGCGGUGGGAAGGUGAGGGCGAGGGUGGCGAGAAGGUGAAGAGGGAGGUGGCGAGUCCGCUGUCGCUGAUCGUGACGGCGUUCGCACCGGUGCGCGAUGUGCGUGACACAUGGACGCCGAUGCUAAGGAGCGAUGCGGGAGAGACGGUUCUGAUACUGGUGGAUGUCGCGGGAGGGAAGCAACGUCUUGGGGGCUCGGCGCUUGCGCAGGUAUUUAGCACUGUCGGCGCGGAGACGCCGGAUGUGGACGACGCCGGCGUGUUGAAGGCCUUCCUCACCGGGUGUCAGAGCGUCAGGCGCAAGAAGCCUGGAUUGGUGCUGGCGUACCACGACCGCUCGGACGGUGGCCUAUUCACCACUCUUGCGGAGAUGGCCUUCGCUGGACGGGUCGGUGUCGAUGUCAACAUCGACGCGCUUGGCGGAGAUGCUGUAUCUGCGCUCUUCAACGAAGAGCUUGGGGCAGUAUUCCAGGUGCGAACCACCGACGCGGACGCCUUCGCGGCGGCCUUCGAGACUGCAGGCGUCCCGCGUGGCUCGAUCCUCUUCCUCGGGAACGUCGAUACCACCAAGGAGGACUUCGUCAUUCGCUCUGGAGAUGCGGUCAUCUACAGCAGUACGCGCGCUGAGCUGCAGACAGCAUGGGCGGAGACGUCUUUCCAGAUGCAGUCCCUUCGCGACAACCCUUCCUGCGCCGCCCAGGAGCAUGCGUUGAUCACCGCACCUUCUCACCGCGGUCUUUCGUAUAACUUGCCAUUCGACCUCCUCCCGUUGCAACCCCUCGUUCCCUCCCUAUCCGCGCCAAUCUCUACACCUCGUCCUCGCGUCGCAGUCAUCCGCGAACAGGGCGUCAAUGGCCAUACCGAGCUCGCCUUUGCGCUGGCCGCCGCUGGCUUCGAUGCUCUCGACGUUCACAUGUCUGACCUGCUAUCGGGUAAGGCAACCCUCGGCAACGUCCGCGGCCUCGCUUUCCCUGGAGGCUUCUCAUACGGCGACGUGCUCGGCGCCGGGCGCGGUUGGGCAGCGUCUGUGCUCCGCUCCCCCAAGGCACGCGCGGAGCUCUCACGAGUCCUCAGCGACAAGCGAUGCUUCGCUCUGGGUAUCUGCAAUGGCUGCCAGUUCCUCAGCGCGCUCAGGGAGAUCAUCCCAGGUGCGGAGAGCUGGCCAGCAUUCCGGGCGAACGAAAGCGGGCGGUUCGAGGGGCGGGUGUGCGAGGUCGAGGUCGACGAGCGUGCGGCGGAGAAGAGCGUCUUCUUCCGCGGCAUGGGUGGCGCUAGGCUCCCUGUCGUCGUCGCGCAUGGAGAAGGCCGAACCGUGUUCGCGGGCGCGCACGACAAGGAGGCGCAGCAGUCCGCUGCGUCUGCGUUCGCUGCGUCCUCGCAAGUCGCGCUUCGAUACGUUGACUCUGAUGGGAAGCCGACGACGACCUACCCGUUGAACCCGAAUGGAAGCCCGCUCGGCAUUACCGGCGUGCAGACGCCCGACGGACGCGUACUCGCCCUGAUGCCGCAUCCCGAACGCGUCACUGCUAUGGUGUCGAACAGCUGGGUGCCGGAGGAUCUCAAGCAGAGCUGGGAUGGUCCCGGACCGUGGUUCAGGAUGUUCCAAAAUGCGCGCGCAUGGGUGAACGAAAACUAAUGACCCGAGUAUCUGAAAGGAUGCCUGUCGAUGCCCUUUGUCCUGCCUAGAAUGUUGGGCCCACUGCUGGAUGCUAGCCCAGUCAGUCGCUCGCUCGCCCUGCAGAAAAUAGAGCUAUGAAGUUAUUCCAAUAUGUAUUGAUCUGUUGUAGAAUCAUAAUGUAACAUAGUGCCGUGCUUGACGACUCCAUACGCGCUCGGAGGAGGUAGUGGACAAAUCUGACGAGCGGUUGGCCACAACUCAUUGGCUAGCGAGGAGGGC